AUGAAUAAAGAGGGAAACUGAUUUGCAAAGAAGUCAUAUGAUAAAACAUUUGCUCAAAGAAAAGGCUCUAUAAAUUCUCUAUUUAGAGAGACUGACAAUUCUACAAGCCUCUGGAAUACCUUUGGUAGGGAAACCCAUUCUAAAAGCCCUCAUGUAACCGAGAAUCCCCAUCACUAUGAUUCCAGGAAUAUCCAGAUCUACAACAAUAACUCAAAGGAAAGACUAAAGAGGGGCAAAUCCUUCAAGAAUUCUAAAGCUAAUAAGUCUUCAAAGAAAUACAUGAAAACUCCUAAAUCAAUUGUACUGAUAUCUUCAUCAAAGCGGAGGGAGAAGUCCAUGAAUUUGUCCCAGAUAGGAUCACCUACUAAGAAGAGCAUAGACCUCUCUCCUAAGCAGAGGGCUGGGAGCCAGCUAGAGUACAAUCAUCCUAACUUUGAAUUUAACGAACCAAAAGUUGUAAAGAAGCAGAAAAACCCUCUACUACUGCUACAAAGCUUGAUGAGGAAUAAGACGCUCCUAGAAAAGAUAAUCACUUGUAUUGCUGACUGUGUGAGAUAUGAAAUUCCUUCAGAAAACCUCGACAAAUUACUCAUCAUGAUGGAAACCCAUACAGAUGAGGACUCAAUUAUUAAAUAAACAUAUUCUUGAGAAUAUUGUACGUGAGAACCUCCAAUCAAUCUCAUCAAAUUACGAAGAGAUUUCUUCAGGAAUUAUUGACCUUUGUGACCAGAUUAGCAUCAAAAGUGUAAAUCUUGGAAACUUCAGAACCUUUUGUGAGUUCUAUAAGGUGUAUCCUGAGUAUAUAAACUCAAAACUACCAGUUCCUACCAGAGAGUCCAAGAUAUAAUAAAGGAGUCUACAAACCCCAAAAAUCCUUCCAGACUAGAGGCUCGUAACUUCAAAGUUCAGCCACCCAAAGUGACAGUUAUUGGAUGUAAGAAAGUUUCAGUAUUUAAGAGUUUCGAGAAAGAAGAGUUGCAGCGCCUCAGAGCUAGUUAUUCAACAGAGAUUGAGAAAGAGAACCCAAGACCAGUAUUCAGGACAAUUAAGGGAAAGAGAUCAUUCAAUAUUUCAGAGUUUCACCAGGAAGAUGAAUUAAAUGAGAAGAAGACAUUUCAAAUCCCUAGGUAUCAUAACAAAAGUGUGAAUUUUGGGUUCAAUCAAGAUACUAAAAUAAGACAAAAGAAAGUGCAUGAUGUCAAUUUUAAUUACCAACUAGAAAAUUACCAAUUUCAGAAACCUGCUGAGAUCAACAUCAUGCAUAAUGAAACAAUCCGAGAGAAGCUAGCUCAGACCCGAAGAAAGUCUUCUAUUAUAGAUACCACAAAGAGCUUUACUACCAAAGAUGCCAUCAGCCAGUUUUCUGAUAGUAAAGUGGCUGCUAAAUUUAAGAAAAAUAAUAAGCUCAGCUUGAAUGUAGGAGAAGAAGACUCACUAUCGAAAAUAGAAAGGUUAAAUAAAUAGAAUAAUCGACCGGUUCAAUACUAAUACUCAUCCAAGCAAACUGAAGGUUAAUGAUAGCAACUCUAAUUUACCAACCAAAUCGUUGAUUUUUCAAGAAUGUUCGCCAAUAUUAUCAAAGUUCAGCCCUCAAAGAAAAUUUCCAGUAUUGAAAAGAAAGAGAUAUACAAUAAAACAUAAAUCAAAGCCUGUAGCAUCAAUAAAGAGCAGUGCUUUGGAUAAUAUAUUCGUGGAUUCUUCUCAGCCUAUCAACAUCCCACGGACAUCAUACUUACAGGUGGAAGGCUCUUUCAUCUCUGACAAUCGGACACCUCCAAGACCUAACAAGGACAUUCGGAGAAGUAUGGUCCUAUCCUAUUUUAUAAAGAAAAAGAAGCUUGAUCGUCUCACAAAGAUGCCUCUUCGGCAAGCUUAUUGCUAAAUCCACCCAUAAUCUUCACUCGAACCUCUUCUUCUCCUACUCCAGUUCCAAGAUC